AUGACAACUGAAGAAUUCUUCAAUCAACCUAGCAUCCAUCUCUCAGGGAGGCGGAUAACCUAUGCUGAUGAAAGAACCCCUUCCAUCAGUGUAGGAUCUUCCUACCCCCAGUACCAGAGUCCAAGCCCUCCUUCAGAAGUGGAACCACCAAGGAAAGGACAUUUAUAUCUAGAGCUGAAGAAAGAGGCGUGGGGGAAGAAUGAUGUGGUGUUGGCACUGUUCAAAAACGAAGAGGAUGGUCUGAAAGCAUGUGGGGAACACAUGGCUGGAGAGAAAGAGAGACAACCCUGUCUACAAAAGAAAUCCACUGAGCUGGCAGUUCUGCCCAUCCCUUUGCAGCAGUUCCACAGCUAUAUAUGGCAGUGGAAGUUGGAGUCAAUGAUUGAUAUGGCUGACUGGUUGCAAAGUAGUCCUGCAGCUGUCACUCCAAAAAGAUCUGUUUUAUCUGUCAGUGCCAGAAAAAUUAAAGAAAAUGCAGCAGACUGGCAUAAUUUAAUGAUGAAAUGGGAGACCCUGAAUAAUAAUGGAUUUACUAUUGGAAACAAAAUUGUAAACUUAAUUGGCACACAAUUUAAAGAUAACAAGCUGGAGAUAGAAUGUGAUAAUUCCUCUGACUGUGGAAAGCUGUCUCCCGACUAUAAUGAAGAACUUGAGAUGUUCUGUGCAGAAUUGCUUGGAACCUUGGAAAACAUGGCAAAAAUACAACUGAAAAUGGAAAAACUAUGUUCAACUACUAAAGGAAUUUGUGACUUAGAAACAUACCAUUAUGAAAACGGAGAUUGCAGGACACUACUCUUUCACACAAGGCCCACUAUGUACUUCUAUGAGGUUUAUUUCAAGCUCACUGAAAUGUACAAGAAGGAACUACGACUAAAGCAAAUGAUUGUGCAAGAUGCUCAUACUGCUGACCAAGAUCUCAUGAUGGUUUAUUUAUUGUCUUGGUUGUACCAGCCCUAUACUGAAAACAGCAGUAAACUACUGCUAGAAAGCAUGUUGCUGGAAACAGGACACAGACAAGUGUAGUGUUUAAGACUACUUCUAAUGAUACUCGUGACACUGAAGCAGCAACAAACUGCAAGGUUAAUUAUAUGUUGUAUUUUUAUAAGAUUAUUAAAAUCUGUUUUUUCUCUGUUUGUAAAAAAAGAAAAAAGUCUUUGAUAAAGGGCCUGACUUAAUUUGUUACCCCUUGAUUGACAUCUGUUUAUGUGGGAGGAGAGUUAGGCUAUUUAUGAGCAAUGGUAUUGCAUG